AUAACUAUUUAAAAAUAUUAAUCAUUAAAGCCAUGAAUAAAACUAAAUAUUUUGUUUUAUUAAUUAUUAGUGUAAACAUCAAUACAAUUGAUGUCUUGUCGGACAAUAAUUAUGGAAAAGUUAAUAAUAACUACACGUUUAGUGAAUCACUCGAUGAUCAGCACAAGUAUCACAUGUUCUGGACUUAUGACCAAAAGUCGGUCACUAUUAGAGUGCAGACAAUGAGUGACACAAACAACGACUGGUUUGCCGUCGGUUUCUCUCCCGACGGACUCAUCGGCGGCUCCGAUAUGUGUAUCCUUUGGACGGACACCACAUCUCAUUAUAAACUACUGGACAUACAUGUGGACAGCGAUGGCAUCGGUUUAGUGGACACCAGUAAUGACUUUCAUCUCAUAAACGCUACAAAACAAACAAAUGGUUUGAGUUUUGCGUUUAAACGCGCGUUCAAUACAUGCGAUCCAAUGGACUACACAAUUGAGGAUGGCACUACAAACAUUGUGUGGUCGACGGGCAGCGGUCUUCUCAUAGAUAAGAUUGAUUUUAAAGUUAUUAAAUACAACAUUAAGCAAAUAAGUUUGACGGACAUCCCGGAGCACAUCUCGCCUGACAUGAAAACUGCCAAAACAUAUAAUUUUCUCAACGAUAAGACACCGGUUCCUGUGCUAAACAGCUCAUUGCAAUGCACUGCACACCGAUUGCCUCAAGUACAUCACAUGAAACUAAUCGUAUUAAAAGACCCGCCAUUUGAUAACCAGCCAUAUCUGGCCGUUGAUUGCAAUGACUCGAGGUUGCAAUUAUGGAAUCAAAUUAGCGCUAUUGCUAAAGGGUCUAAAGCCUUCUCAUACCCCGAUGAGACCGGGGUAGCCAUUGGUGGCCGCAGUGGCGCCCAAUACAUACUAUUACAGACACAUUACAUCAAUCAGGCGCUAACACCGGGCCUACGGGACAGUUCAGGUCUGCGCAUACAUGUGGUCAGUAAACUACGGCAAUACGACGCUGGGCUGAUAAAAAUCGGGAUGGAUGUUUGGGCUCAAUUCGCUGACCUCCCGGUCAAUCGGUCGGCAGUAGAUCUGUUCGCGUACAUGACCUCCGAGUGCUCGUCUCGGGCGCUGCCACCCCAUGGCAUCACUAUAUUUGCCCAACAGUUUCAUACACACCAACGCCGCACCCGUGGUUGGACUCAACACGUACGCCAUGGCCGUGAACUGAGCAUGGUCAAUCGGGAUGAGCAUUGCCAUUUUCAAUACCAGUAUAUUAUGCACUUAAAGCGCCGGAUUCAUGUACUGCCAGGCGAUGCACUCAUUCACACGUGCCAAUUGCCAGUGACACCCGAGAUCAUGUGCAGCACAUAUUUGCAUUAUUAUCCGGCUGUCAAUUUAAAAGUGGAGAUCAAUGAUAUGCACGCAUACAUAGAGUGA